AUGGACCACCUCAACCUGCCCUCGGACUGCACCCGCGAGAGGAUCGAGGUCCCCUACAUCUGUACGGAAGAGUACGACAAUUCUCAACGUGGCUUCUUCGCCUUCUCUUACUACCCAGGAUCCAAAGGCUGGGGUGACCAAGAACUCCGCUGUCGGAAAGCCUGGGACGCGAAUUACCGCUGUGCCGACGACGAGCCCGAGGGGACAUGCUAUGUCCAUCUGUGCAGUUGCAAGAGACUGCACGAUGUUGAGAAGAACGCUGCGUUCUUGCAGACGUGGUUGUUUUUCGGGCUGCUCAGGGUGAUUUUGGGGGGUGAGAGGGUUCGAACCUUGGAUUUUGUACGUGUAAACAGUAAAGGCGAGAAAGUCCUCACGACGCAGAAGUUGCCCGAGUUGAUCGAGGGUUGGGCUGUCGAGUUCAAGGACGAUUUCUCGCCAGAGGAAAGAUACGGUACGGAGCACUUUUGGGAAUAUUGCCUGGAAAAGGCCCACGAGGUCUAUCUCUACGUCAGCCAGUCGAGCACGGUUGAUCCACGGAUUCUGCUGUCUAUCGGUGUCCUGGGCGAGACGCUGGUGGGGGCUGUGAACAAGACUACGAGGCUCAGCGCCAGCCAGUUUGGUGGUUGGAAGCACGAGUCCAGUCUCGCGGCGAAUGAAGUGACGCGAUGGUUGAGCGAAGGGAUGCUAAGGGACGGGUGGUGUCCGGCGGACAUGGAACGACUCGGCUGGUUCAACCUCAUCAGCUUGUGGUUCAUCAGCAAUAUGGGCAGUUUUCGCGGUGGUUCGGUCCAUGGUGAGUGCAAGCCGGACCACUGCAAUCUGCUGCGAGGUUAUUUGGAUGACUAUCGGACCAAACAUGUCGAUCCGGACUGCCAGUGUGAAUUCGUGUUCGCUGAGGGAUCACAGCUUGAAGCGAUACUGAAGAACCACCAGAUCCCGUUAGUAGUCCCUUCUGUGGACGAAGACGGCGAGCCACACACUGUCGAGUUUAGGGAGUUCAACAUAUUGACGUCAUAUGUUGCGAUCUCUCAUGUAUGGGCUGAUGGUUUGGGAUCCAGCAGCAACAGUCUCCCGCGCUGCCAGUUGCGAAAGCUCAGCAGAUUCGUUCAAGAUCUAUACCCGUAUCGCGGAAGAGACACAUGCUUUUGGAUCGACACCCUUGCAUGUCCCGUGUCUCCUCGCGAGUCCAAGAUCAUCGCGCUGGAGCUGAUGGGUCAGACGUACAAAGAUGCAGACAAAGUCCUUGUUCUCGACGCCUCUCUCAUGUGCGUGGAACACGGCAACAUGUCCAAGGCAGAGAUUGUCCUGCGUAUCUUCCUUUCCACGUGGGGACGGAGGCUAUGGUGUUACCAGGAGGGCAUCUUCGCAAAGUCUCUGUACUUCCAAUUUGCGGACGGACCAUGGAAAUUUGACGGUGCAGAGACGUGGGCUAAGGCUCUCAGCCUGGUUGGAGAUGAUGCCGGGGCUUAUAUGCUGACCCACCACUAUCAGCAGAUUCGCGACCGGCGACUGCAGCAGUAUGGGCCUCACACAGAGAAACUGUGGGGGAAGGUGAGCAAGGGACUGCAGCUAUUCUGGCUGCGUGAUAUUAAGGGACGCAGCACGGUACAGUCUGAGUUUCCGUUCUUUGUGGUCUUGCCGCAGCCUUUUGAGCCCGAUCCAGAUGGUACGGAGCUGGCACUGAUUCUGCAUUCUCCUAUCAAAGCGUCAACGAGGGUAUGGGACGCGCGCCAGGUCGUGGUGACCAAGAUUUCUCGGACCGAAGACAAUGUCAUUUACGGCACGACACUCAUGCUGGGCAUUCUGUGCGGCAAGAACACAAUCGAAAGAGAAGGCGCAGGAGCCAUGUACGGGCCGAGUAACGUGCUCGAGGAGGUGUGUCAUCAGCUGGAUCAGACCUCGUCUCCCAUUCCGAAGAAGAGAAGCUGGCAGCGCUUGUGGUGGAAAAAAAGGCCUGCACCGAUCGCACAAGACUCGUCGAGCAUUUUGGUCAACGGGAGGCAUGCCGUAUUUGAUCUGAAAUGUUUGCCUGCAUUCCAGAAGUGGUGCGUAGAACGCGAUGUUGAGUGGCUCGAUGUGCCGCAAGAAGACGCCGUGCAGAUUGAAGAUCUUGUCUUACGAAGUCUAGUAGGAGAUAUCUUGACUGGGGCAAAGAGCUUUCUAGACGAGCAAGGGGAAUUAGCCAAAGCGAGGAACGAUAUUCUGGAAAAACUAAGGCAUAUUGGAUGA